GAGACUGAACGAACCGUGAUUGAAAGAGAAGAGAGUUGAACGGCGGUGGCGGCAGCCAUCUUAAAACUACCGCACUAAUCCGAGAUAUAUACAUCUUCUGGAUAUUUUUGCAACACUGAGCUGAAUCAAUUUUAUCCAGCGUGAGGAGAUAGAAUAACAUUUUUUAAAUCGUUCACUGUUUUUAUUACGAAGACGGGAUGCGGAUCCGUGGGGCAGUCGGUCUGCUUUUAGGACUAUUAUGCGCGGUGGAGGCAGCCAAAGUAAAUAAGCACAAGCCAUGGAUUGAGACCACGUAUCAUGGUAUCGUAACGGAAAAUGACGACAAGGUUCUCCUGGACCCUCCGCUGAUAGCCUUGGAUAAAGAUGCCCCGUUGCGCUAUGCAGAAAGUUUUGAGGUGACCUUCACCAAAGAAGGGGAGAUCUGCGGCUUCAGGAUUCACGGGCAGAACGUGCCGUUCGAGGCAGUGGUGUUGGAUAAAUCCACCGGAGAGGGCGUGAUCCGGGCCAAGGAUAAACUGGAUUGUGAGCUACAAAAGGAGCACACCUUCACCAUCCAGGCCUACGACUGUGGAGAGGGACCUGAGGGCGAUAACAUGAAGAAAUCUCACAAGGCUACCGUCCACAUCCGAGUGAAUGACGUAAACGAGUACUCUCCGGUGUUCAAAGAGAAGUCCUACAAAACCACAGUGAUCGAGGGCAAAAAGUACGACAGCAUCCUGAAGGUGGAGGCCGUGGAUGCUGACUGCUCUUUCCAGUUCAGUCAGAUCUGCAGCUAUGAAAUUGUCACCCCCGAUGUGCCCUUUUCUAUUGACAAGGAUGGCAACAUCAAGAACACAGAGAAGCUGAACUACAGCAAGGACCGCAUGUACAAACUCACAGUGACUGCGUACGACUGUGGUAAAAACCGGGCAUCUGAGGACGUCCUCGUCAAAAUCAACAUCAAGCCCACCUGCAAACCAAGCUGGCAAGGAUUUAAUAAACGGAUUGAAUAUGAGCCUGGCACAGGAAGUCUAGCCCUGUUCCCCAGCAUGCACCUGGAAACCUGUGAGGAGCCAAUCACCUCCAUUCAGGCCAGCAUCAUGCUGGAGACUAAUCACAUCGGCAAGGGCUGCGACAGAGACACUUACUCCGAAAAAUCUUUACACAAGCUCUGCGGUGCCAGCACUGGCACUGUGGAGCUGUUGCCUGCUCCCAGCACCUCUGCCAACUGGACCGUAGGCUUGCCCACUGACAACGGGCACGACAGCGACCAGGUGUUCGAGUUCAACGGCACCCAGGCCAUCAAGGUCCCGGAGGGUGUGGUGAGCACCACCCUGAAGGAGCCCUUCACCAUCUCAGUGUGGAUGAGACAUGGACCUGGAAGCAGGGAGAAAGAGACCAUCCUCUGCAACUCUGACAAGACCGAAAUGAAUAGGCACCACUAUUCGCUGUACGUACACAACUGUCGUCUUGUGCUGCUGCUGCGUCAGGAGCCCACCGAGUCUGAGAACUACAAACCGGCUGAAUUCCACUGGAAACUCGAUCAAGUGUGUGAUAAAGAAUGGCAUCACUACGUGUUGAACAUCGAGUUCCCAGCAGUAACUUUGUUUGUGGAUGGUGCCACCUUUGAGCCCUUCCUGGUCACGGAGGAUUACCCUCUGCAUGCCUCCAAGAUCGAAACCCAGCUCACCAUCGGCGCCUGCUGGCAAGACCUCUCAGGACAUGACAAUGAUACUGAGACACUCUCAGAGCCUUUGACAGGUGGCAGCGCCCGCAUGACUCAGUACUUCCGGGGCAACCUGGCGGGACUCAUGAUCCGCUCCGGCAAACUGGAAAACAAGAAGGUUAUUGACUGCCUGUACACCUGCAAGGAAGGUCUUGACGUGCAGCUUCCAGAGGAAGUGGCCUCUGCUGUGAAGGUGGAGUUUAACCCCAACCAGUCCUCUCUGAGCCUGGAGGGAGAUGACAUUGAGAGCUUUGAGAAGGUCAUGCAACACAUCUCGUACCUGAACUCCCGGCAGUUCCCCACCCCAGGAAUCCGCCAUCUGCGUGUCACCACCACUGUCAAAUGCUUCAAUGAGGAGACGUGCAUCUCCGUGCCUGACUCUGAAGGCUACGUGAUGGUUCUCCAGCCAGAGGAGCCGAAGAUCAGCCUCAGUGGGAUUGAUCAUUUUGCCCGUGGAGCAGCUGAAUUUGAGAGCACGGAGGGUGUUACGCUCUUCCCUGAGCUGCGUAUCGUCAGUACCAUCACCCGCGAGGUGGAGGUGGAAGCUGAGACAGAAACCGAGGGCGAGGAUGAUCCCACAGUGCAAGAGACGGUGGUAUCUGAGGAGAUCAUGCAUAACUUGGACACGUGUGAGGUGACUGUAGUGGGAGAUGAUUUGAAUGGAGAUCAUGAGAGUUUAGAGGUGGAUCUGGCCCAAAUCCAGCAGAGAACUCUGGAGAUGAGCUCUUCUAACGUGGGCAUGGUCAUCAAAGGGGUUAACACCAUGGCGAACUAUGAACAGGUCCUGCACCUGAUCCGCUACAGGAACUGGCACACAGAAGCCCUGUUUGAUAGGAAAUUUAAACUUGUCUGCUCUGAACUCAAUGGCCGCUACAUCAGCAAUGAAUUUAAAGUCGAGGUCAACGUGAUCCAUACAGCAAACCCAAUGGAUCAUGCUAACAAUGCUAUGGUACAACCUCAGUUCAUCAACCAAGUACAGCACGCUUCAGUGGACCUGUCUGGACACAACCUGGUGAACACACAUCAGGCCUCAGUUGUCCCCAGUGCUGCCACCAUCGUUAUUGUUGUAUGUGUGAGCUUCCUGGUGUUUAUGAUCAUCCUGGGAGUGUUCCGUAUCCGUGCUGCCCACCAGAGCACAAUGAGGGACCAGGAAAAUGGCAAAGAGAAUGAGAUGGACUGGGAUGACUCAGCCCUCACCAUCACCGUCAACCCAAUGGAGACUUACGAGGACCAGCACAGCAGCGAAGAGGAAGGAGAUGAGGAAGAGGAAGAGAGCGAGGACGGAGAGGAGGAAGACGACAUCACCAGCGCGGAGUCGGACAGCAGUGAAGAUGAGGGAGGCGAACAGGAAGACCAGCAGGGUUCGAGCAGACAGCAGCAGCUGGAGUGGGACGACUCGACCCUCAACUACUGAUCCUCCCAAACACACAGUACACACUACUUUAAGAUCACACACACUCACACACAAUGACAAAUCCACCCCAUGCACAGUCACAUCCCUCUGCCAAUAGGGAUGCCCAUGUUCCCCUUACCUAAGGAGCCAUGCGUAAAAACGCUGAAAACUAAACGAUUAUACGAUAUAUGUACAAUAUAGAUGCAAAUAUAUCCGGUGUCUGUCGUGACAGGUGUUGCAGUCCGCUUCAUUUCCACCUACCGACAUCUUAUCGUGGUGUUAUUCAGUGUAGUAUAGUAUCACAGGUAUCUCAACACAAGUUCCUAAUUUAUUGAAUCUUUUUCUGUCCUUUCCGAGGGAAAUCCCGGCAUACAUUUGCAUUGUGUUCGGACACAUCCCUGCACUUUUACUUUCAAGUUGAGCUCCGAGAAUGAUUUAAUGUAUAUUCCUUGCACCUGACGUUUUAGGGGGUAUUUGCUCGGGAAAUUUAGAGGAAAAACUCUUUGAUGCUUUCCGAUCACUUUUUUUUGUUUUUUUUCCUCUUUAUAUUGCAUGGCAAGAUUUGCAAUCAUUGGUAUGAAAGAAUACAACUGCUUUUUGAUAUUUUGUAAAUAAGAUGAAACCAUGUAAUUAGUCAAUGUGUUAGUGAAAGCCUAACCAACGGUCAGACACAGUACCUGCUGUAGAAUAUUUGUCAGAUGCUCUUAGCAUGUUUCAGAAACUUUUGCUAAAUCUCAUGCUCGUACAAAAGACGUCCGCUUCAUAGAGAGAAACCCAUGACAGAGGCCGAGGUUUCUGUGGCAAAGUGUCAUUCAUUUUGUCUUUUCUCUUGGAGGUGGGUGUGCAUCUUUUUGUUUCGUUCCGUUUCGUUUUGUACUGUAGGUUGGGCGUGGAGUUGGUUCAGUGCUUCGGCUUUACAUAUGCUAAUUCUAGCUGGGCUUGCAAUGGUACAAAUGCUACGCCAAGGCUUCAAUGUUUUUAAAUCAGUGAUGUUUUGCGGACUAAUAAUCACAUUCAGGUGAUACAGUUGUUUUUUCCGCGUGGUACUGUAUGUUGUACAGUUUAGGCACACUGCAGUUAUUUAAGCCAUUCUUAAGUGAUAGUGCUUGUAUUUUCUGUAAUAAAUAGAGACCAAUUGGAAUCACAGUAUGCACUCUAAUGACCCAGUCUGAAUAACAUUUAUGAGUGAAAUGACAUGGAAAAUGGGUGCGCUGGUGAUUAUCGACAAUGUGAGCAUUGCAACGUCUAUUGCGUACUGUUUUAACAGACCUCUGUUGCUAAAACACUGGCGUAAGAUUUUUUUUGUUUUGUUUUUUGUGCAAAAUCGGGGUUAGCCUACAAUAUUCUUGUCAUUUUGAGGCCCCUAAAAGCAUUAAAAGGGCUAAUUUGCCUAUCACAACGCAUUGAAAGAAAUGAAUUUCAACUAAAAAGCGUAAAAUAUUUUUGCAGUAUGGUCGGUAGAUUUUAUUGUACAUGGAAUGGAACUGUACUGUAGAGUUGUGUAAAGAUAUUUGUUUACAUUUGGUAAACUUUUAUUCCUUUUUGGUGACGCUAUCAAUCUACUCCAGAUUUGCAGGUCAUUUCUCCUCGUAGUUGCUCUCAGAUCCAUGUCAUAGUUUCGGUUUCUUACUUUUCUUAAUGUGAUUGGACAUUUCGGGAUGCACCUUCGAAAAUUGUCAGUUAUUGGGGGAAAUAAUAUUCUGUUCCCGUUGGGCUUGAAAAAGAAUGUUAAUUAUUUAGGAGAUUGUAUAUUGUUUAGUAAAGACGGACGUGAAGCUUUAGGGUACUUCAUUCAGACCUCCUUUUCUUUCGUUUACAUGCAUGACUAUUCUCAGUUUAAGGCCUAAGCUACAAGGCUUUGUUGUGAUUGGUGGUAUGAAUAUAAUUUUAUGUUAUGUCAGAAAAGGUACAAAUGCGGGAAGUUGUCAAGAAGGUCUAUUUUUGUGACCCAUGAAAGGGCGAUGGGAGAUUUUUUUUUUUUUUUUUUUUAGGUUUUAGUUUUUGUUAAAUGUUUUGGUCAUCAGGUCCCCCUCAAAAUUGACAGGACCUUUAAAGAGAGGUCCAGGUUUCAGCUGGUGGAGUUGGGAGUGCCUUUUGCCUAUCACAGCGCAUUAAUAACACAACUAACCAAACACUCAUCCAUGCCAUUUUAGUUGUUGCAAUUUUCUCAUUUUAUAAUUAUUUAAUAUUAGAUUUCAUACAGGUAUGGGGAAGUGAUUUUAACUUGGUUUUAUUUCAUUUUCUGUUAUGAUAGGGAUCAACAGCUGUUUUAUCAAGAGUGGGCGUUUUAAUUGUCCAGCAUAGAUGUCUUGUGUUCAUGUUGAUGUGUAGAGAAAAUAGGUCCAUACUGUAUCAUCAAUGAAUAUUGUACUAAAUAAUGUUUGAGGAACUUCCACUUCGAAAAGAUGUACAUUAUUAUAGGCAGCAUAUGUGGGUAUAAGUUUAACAAUAUGUGUAUAGUGAAAGGUGAUCUUGAAGUGUAUCUCCUGAUGAGGGCAGCAUGAAAUUCACAAGAAUCCGAUACAUAAUGAUUUCUCACACAAAUGUAAUAGUCUCUCACAGUGUAUUCUCAACAUACAAUCAUUUUGAAAAUGUUCGAUCGAUGUAGACCAUUCCAUGAGACCAAAUUUAGUAUAAUCAAUGUUUGUACUGAAAAUCGCACAAUUGUUUGUAUCUUCCCUCCUUUCCCCUGAUGCAAAUAUUCAUCCGCAGUUUCUCAAGGGAAAAUCAUGUGAAAUGUAUUUCAAACGAUGUGAUUUUGUCAUGUGGUUUUGACGAUGUUAAGACACUGGCGACAGAAACUUUCCAUAAUCAAUAACCGACUCUGUGCUGAGUGUGAAUGGCUGCAGAUGGUGAGUAUGUAACAGAGCAUUGUCUUUGCAUGUAUAACACAGAUAUAAACAUUUCCUGUAACUGGCACAUGAUACUGGUGUAGAGGGGUCAGGAGACUGGUAAUACUACUGAAACAAAGAUUAUCUGUCACAGAUUUGCAGCCUUCAGUGGUCGUUGUUCACAUUUUGAAUUACUUUUAUUUUUUUGCUCUAGAAAUAAAAAUUGGGGAUGUUGUAGAACUGUUGGAUGCUGCCUUCCAGCUCAUUCACUUUUCUAUUAUUCAGAGGAAUAAUUAUAGUGAAGUUGAUGCUUGCUCAUGAACAAAAUAAAGGAUGAGAUGGGAAUAAAGU